GGCCCCGCCCCGCCCCGCCCAGGCCGAGGCUCAGGCCCGGCUCGCCGCCGCAGCAUGGGCCCCGCUGCCCGCCCCGCACGGAGGUCGCCACCGUCGCCGCUGCCGCUGCCGCUGCUGCUGCCGCUGCUACCCCUCUGGCUGGGCCUGGCGGGGCCGGGCGCCGCGGCGGACGGCGGGGAGCCCGCGGCCGGGAGGCUCCGGGCGGAGGCCCGGGCCGUGCGGGUGGACGUGCGGCUGCCGGCCCAGGACACGCUGGUCCUGGAGGGCGUCACCGUGGGGCCCGACGCCCCGACCCCGCUGCGCGGCCGCCUGCUGCUGAUGGACGCCCUGGACGCCGAGCAGGACGCGCCCGGGGAAGGCUGGAUCGCGGUGGCCUACGUGGGCCGGGAGCAGGCGGCCGUGUCCCUGCAGGAGGCUCGGGCCUCGCCCAAGGCCCUGGUGCAGCAGCUGGACGCUUCGCAGCUGCUGCUCAGGCCAGUCGUGGUCCUUCAUUACUCGGCCAACGUCACCAAGCUGCUGGAGGCCCUGCUGCAGAGGACCCAGGCCACCGCAGAGGUCACGCGUGAACAGUCCCUGUCGGCCAGCAUUGAGUGGACGCUGACCCUAUGGACCACCUGCGGCCUCUCCAAGGAUGGCUCUGGGGGCUGGCAGGACGUGGUAUGCCUGGGGGGCAGCCGCGCCCAGGAGCAGAAGCCCCUGCAGCAGCUGUGGAACGCCAUCCUGCUGGUGGCCUUGCUGCUGGGCGCCGGCCUCGUGGUCCAGGCACAGCGCCAGGCGGCAUGGCCGAGCCGGCGGGAGCCCGGAGGCCAGGUGGAGCUGCUCCAGCGCCGUGCGGCACACAGGCUGGCAUCCCUGCAGACCCGGCGCUGGCGGCCAGGCAGGGCUGCCCAGGGGCCCCCGGAACCGGGUGGCGACACCUGUGCUGUGUGCCUGGACGACUUCCGCCCCAAGCAGUGGCUCCGGGUGCUGCCCUGCAAGCACGAGUUCCACCGCGACUGCGUGGACCCCUGGCUGCUGCAGCAGCAGACCUGCCCGCUGUGCAAGUUCAACAUGCUGGGUGAGCUCGGGCGCUCAGGGGCAUGGGCUGGGGACCCCACCUCACCUGAUCCCUCCUGUGCCUCCUCUGUCCCCAGGGAACGGCUACUCUGACGAUUAGCUGCCCCUCGGCUGGCCCGGGCUCGGGACGGGAGGAAGCGGGGCCGCCACACUGGGAGGGCACAGCCAUGCACCUGACAGCCAGCGGGGCCUCUGCCAGUUUGGCUGUGCCCACCUUCCAGGUGCCUGGACCGGCUCCAGGGGCAUCACUGGGUGGAGGCCUAUUUAUUGGGGGAGUGGGAAGGGCGCUGGCCUGGCUACCCAAGGCUGCGGUGGGGCCCCGGGUUUCCCACAAGGGCCGUCCUCUUGAGUGGGGGGACGGGAUACACAAGCCUCAGGCUGGAAGCCUCAGGCUGAGCACACGCACUCGGUGUCUUUUGUAGAGACUCGGGCUGGGGGGUCGCUACGAAAUAAACACGGAUCUAUUUUAA